UAUCCACCUUCAUUUUCAUUUCAUUCAUCCCUUCUUGAGUCUUAUCUCUCACUUCUUCAGACAACCCAGCAGUUUCCACCAUGGCUGUAUGCAUGGGUUUCAACAUAGCAACAGCAUUCAAAUCACUUUCUCUCUCUUCUCCCUCUUCUUCAUCUUCAUCUUCCUUUUUAUCAGGUUCCACCACUCUUCGUAUGACUCCAUCAGUAUCUCUCCCUCGAAUUCAUCAUCGGUCAGCACUGAUUAUCCGGAAUGCUCAUAAGAAGGGAGCAGGAAGUACCAAGAAUGGCCGUGACUCGGCCGGAAAGCGUCUCGGUGUUAAGGUUUAUGGUGACCAGGUCGCUAAACCUGGUUCCAUCAUUGUUCGUCAGCGUGGAACCAAGUUUCACGCAGGAAAGAAUGUAGGGAUUGGUAAGGACCAUACCAUUUUCUCCCUAAUUGAUGGAGUUGUAAAAUUUGAGAAAUAUGGACCAGACAAGAAAAAGAUCAGUGUUUACCCACAAGAAGAACGGGUUCCGAACCCCGAUAGCUAUAGAUUAAGGAAGAUAAAGUACUUCAAGAUGAGGCGUGAACGCAAAAAGGCUGCUAAAGAAAGAAGAGCUUUUCAACCACAGCUAAUGCUCGCUUCCGUUGAUGAUACCGCAAUAGAGAAUCCAGAUUGUUGAUUCUAUACUUCAUUCACUUCACUGUGUAAAAUCUAGCUGUCUUCAGUUGUUUUUCUUUUGUGUAUCUGGGAAACCUUUAGCAUUGUAAUAUUGUAUUUGUUUUCUGGCAGCAAAAUUGUACCGUACACGGCCAAAACUGUUCCCUAGUGUCCCCAAACCAAUUACAAGACAGUAUAGCCAUUCACUAUCAAUUUGUUUGGGUGUGUAAUUUUCUUUUUGAGUAAAUGAAAUGGUCUUUUGCUUUGUUUACAUGAUGUAACUCACAUUUCACCUUUACAAGCUACCUAAGUUGAUGUUUAGUUUCCCCCAAGUUUUCAAACUUGGCCUCUGUCUAUGUGACAUGUCCUAGUGUUAUCCUGAAGAUUGUACCUGUUAUAUUUUAGAGCAAAAAUAUGCCAAACAAAACUAUAAAUGCAAGACAUGUUAUUGGAGUGAAA